AUGGGUUCUGCGGGCUCGCGUUCGGCUGACAAAUCGUGGAAUCUACUGAGACCAAAGAUCCCCUCCAGGCAUUCCGAUUCCAAACCUCAUUCCAGGCCCAUCAAUCGUCCUCGUCGUCCGUCCCUCACUAUCCCCUCCUCGGACGAUUCAUUUCCGCCAAGACCGUCACCAGGCGGAGGAUACGGCGCCGCAGGAUACGGCGCAGGACACGGCGCAGGACACGGCGGAGGGUACGGCGGAGGAUACGGCGGCGCCAGUCUAGGCGAAAAUGGUUACCCAGGCAACAACGACGACAAUGUUCGCCACGACGCGAAUCUGCCCAACCCCGUGGAGUUUUCAUAUGAGGAGCUCGUAACGGCUACAGAUGGGUUCAGUGCGGUGAACGUGCUGGGCGAGGGUGGUUACGGGAAGGUGUACCGCGGGGUGGUUCGUGAGGAGGCGCCAGAUGGCAGCACGGUGGAGCGCCACGUGGCAGUGAAGCAGCUGAAUGACGAAGGCCGGCAGGGGUUCAACGAAUGGCUGACGGAGGUGGUGUUUCUGCGUCGCCUGCGCCACCCCCACCUGGUGCAGUUCGUGGGGUACUGCACGGAGAAGCAGCAGGCACUGCUCGUGUACGAGCUCAUGGCCAACGCAUCGCUGGACUACCACCUCUUCGACGACACUCGACCCCCUCUCACGUGGCAGCAGCGGGUCAAUGUUGCUCUCGGUGCCGCCAAGGGGUUAGCAUACCUGCAUGAGGGCACGGAGCGGCAGGUGAUCUUCAGAGAUCUCAAGGCGGCGAAUAUACUGCUGGAUGAGAACUUCAAUGCGAAGCUGUCAGACUUCGGAUUGGCUAAGGACGGACCAGCAGGGGAGAACACUCACGUGUCCACCAUGGUUGUCGGUACCUAUGGCUACACCGCUCCUGAGUACCUGCAGACUGGUAAGGAGUUGCAGGAGUUCAUCAACUUCCGUCCUUUCCCUCACCAUCCCUCUUCACCACCACCACCUUCACCGGGUCACCUAACGUCAAAGAGCGACGUGUGCGCAUUUGGAGUGGUGCUGCUGGAGCUCCUGUCCGGCCGCAGAGCCGUGGACAUAGACCGGCCAGGCGACGAGAAGAACCUUGUCUUUUGGGCCAAGCCGUUCCUGGCGGACAGGAAGAGGAGCGCUGAGAUUGUGGAUCCGCGGUUGCAAGGGAAACAUCACCAAUUCUCCUUCCCUUCCCGCCUGUGCUCCAUUGCUCCACCUGCACCACCACCAGGCCACCUGACAGCAAAGAGCGAUGUGUACGCAUUUGGAGUGGUGCUGCUGGAGCUCCUGUCCGGCCGCAGAGCCGUGGACAUAGACCGGCCAGGCGACGAGAAGAACCUUGUCUUUUGGGCCAAGCCGUUCCUGGCGGACAGGAAGAGGAGCGCUGAGAUUGUGGAUCCGCGGUUGCAAGGGAAACAUCACCAAUUCUCCUUCCCUUCCCGCCUGUGCUCCAUUGCUCCACCUGCACCACCACCAGGCCACCUGACAGCAAAGAGCGAUGUGUACGCAUUUGGAGUGGUGCUGCUGGAGCUCCUGUCCGGCCGCAGAGCCGUGGACAUAGACCGGCCAGGCGACGAGAAGAACCUUGUCUUUUGGGCCAAGCCGUUCCUGGCGGACAGGAAGAGGAGCGCUGAGAUUGUGGAUCCGCGGUUGCAAGGGAAACAUCACCAAUUCUCCUUCCCUUCCCGCCUGUGCUCCAUUGCUCCACCUGCACCACCACCAGGCCACCUGACAGCAAAGAGCGAUGUGUACGCAUUUGGAGUGGUGCUGCUGGAGCUCCUGUCCGGCCGCAGAGCCGUGGACAUAGACCGGCCAGGCGACGAGAAGAACCUUGUCUUUUGGGCCAAGCCGUUCCUGGCGGACAGGAAGAGGAUCGGGGAGAUCGUGGAUCCGAGGCUGCAAGGGAGGUUCUCACACAAGGGAGCGCUGAAGCUCGCUGUUGCUGCGCACUGCUGCCUGCAGGACGCGAAAUCUCGGCCGUCGAUGGCCGACAUGGUGCAGACUUUGACGGCUCUGAUGGAGAUGGGAGAGGGUGCUGCGGGUGGUGGUAGUGGUCGUGGCGGUGACACGCCCAGAACACCCAGAACGCCGAGAACACCCAAAACAGCAAAAACACCAACAGCUUUGAAAACAACGAAUACACUGAAACCACUGGGCAGUGCAGGUGGUGCUGCUGACACACCUGUCGCAUCCCGAACACCCUCUGCUGUCAGUGGUGAUGGUGCCAAUAGCGCAAGAACUUAUACAGGUGGUAGCAAAUGGAGGAACUACCAGUACCAGGACUCGUUGAGACUUAAGAGGGAGAAACGGUAG